AUGUCAUCGGCAGCGGUUGACGACUACGAGCGUACCAAGAACAUCGGUGGAAGUAGCGAGCGACGAAAGAACUUUAAGAUCUUGUUGGCCGAGGACAACGAAGUCAAUAGAAAGGUGGUCAGUAUGCAGCUGAAGAAGUUGGGAUUCCAGUGUGAUUGUGCCAAAGACGGUAAGGAGGCAGUCGAUAUGUUCAAAGGUGGAAACUACGAUCUCAUCCUGAUGGACUUGACCAUGCCAAACACCGAUGGACCAACUGCAUCGCUACAGAUCCGGUCGUACGAGGAGAUAUACCGAUCAAAGAAAGUAAUCAUCGUUGCACUCACCGCAAUGGUACUCGAAGGUUCCAAAGAAUAUUGUAAAUCAAUGGGAAUGGAUGAAUUCCUACAGAAACCACUGAAACUCGAACGUCUAGAGAAGAUUCUAACUACUUAUUUACUACCAAUACAACAAUCUGGUUGA